AUGCUCGCAGUCGGAGUACUCCUAUUUCUUGCCAGCAAGCCAACACAAUCUUCACCGAAACUUGUGAGAUAUUCAAUGCGUAUUUGUGGCGUGUUCAAUGUGUUCAAUUUCAGGGACUGAUUCUGGCAGUCUUUUCCCUUUUCAGUACUAUCGCUUCUGGCUGUAUUCUACUUCCGAUCACUGCCGUCGUAUGUCAACUGUACAUUACAUUAUAUUAUCACAACUUCGUGUUUAGGGUGGCGCUUCUUCUAAAUCGGUUAACAAGAAACUCGGAAAGAAAAAUGACGAUUCCAAACUCGACGAACAAUACAAACGAGCUGUUCGUGCUGCUUCUCCUGCGCCCUUUUCUUCCCAUAUAGACUUCGGCGGAUCAAUUCCUCCGAGUUCUUUCAUGCUGCUCGUCAGUUCGGGCGUUUCCUUCCUGACUAUCGCCGCAGUUACCAUAUUUCUUUUUGGUAGAAUUCGCGCAGCCGGAGGAUUUUCUCAGCCAAAGAACAUGGUGAGCUAGUUUGAAAUGUUAUUGCAAUGUAUUUGCACUUUAGAGUAAUCGAAAAGAACCAACGGAUGGAGAUCGGCCGAGGAGUGGAGUGAGUUGUGGCCUAUGUCAUGACCGUAUCGAUAUUUAACAUGUUUCAGCCGCGUGGUCCACCUCCUUGUCCACCAAAUGCGAGUGCAAAUGCCCGAGAACCGGUACCAGUUCCAGCAAAAGACGAUGAUUCGAGGCGGAAAGAGGAAGAGGACAGGUGGAUCGGAAGGGUCGAUGAAGGCAACUGA